AGACGUGCUGUAUGUUGCACACCUGAGUACAGUACCUAUGUUUAACUAUGUUUCGUAAAUUGACUCAUUUGCUCUGUAUGUAGUACGGUUAAACAACUUUUAUCAAGAUUGGUUAGUUUCCCUUAAUGCCGUGUUGACAACGGCACUGAAACUAUCGAGAGCUGACUCAUUCCAGGAAAUGGAAUAGGCUCAUUUGAAAAAACAUAUAUAUUGUAUUAAUGACUGAUUGAUUAUAAUCUAGAGCUGGAGUCUAUUAUUAUUUUUGAUCGGAAGGUUUUCUGCAAUUUGCGAAAUAAAAAUGUUGAACUUUAACUAUGCUUUAGUUUCGACUUUGCUCUCUCUCUCUCUAGAUAUGGCUUCCUCCAGCAUUCUACUUUCUGAAGACCAUUUCCUGUGCUCUAUCUGUCUGGAUGUGUUCACUGAGCCAGUCACCACUUCAUGUGGACACAGCUUCUGCAUCACAUGUCUCACAAAGUACUGGGAUAGAAUGGACCUGUGUCAAUGUCCACUGUGUCAGGAGAAAUUCUACAGACAACCUGAGCUUCGUGUCAACACAACGUUUAGAGAAGUUGUAGAGAAUUUUAAAAAGAUGAGAGACAGAGGUAAAGAUGAAUCUCCUCCCAAACUCGGAAAAGUGCCUUGUGACGUCUGCACUGGGACGAAGCUCAGUGCCAUGAAGUCCUGCCUGCUCUGUCUAACCUCUUACUGUAAGAUUCACCUGGAGCCUCAUCAGAUCGCCCCAGCCUUAAAGAGACACAAACUGAUCGACCCUGUGGAGAACCUGGAAGACAGGAUCUGUAAGAAGCAUGACAGACUCCUGGAGCUUUUCUGUAGGACUGACCAGACAUGUGUGUGUCAGUUCUGCACUGAGGCAGACCACAAGACUCAUGACACUGUCUCUAUAGAGGAAGAGUGUGGAGAGAGGAAGUCUCAGCUAGGGAAGACUGAGGCAGAAGUGCAGCAGAUUAUCCAGGAACGAAUGCAGAAGGUUAAAGAGAUCAAACUCUCAGUAGAUCUCAGCAAGAGAGAUGCAGAUAGAGAGAUAGCAGACAGCAUACAGGUCUUCACUGCUCUGGUGCGCUCAAUUGAGAAAAGCCAGGCUGAGCUGAUUGAGGUGAUUGAGGAGAAGCAGAAAGCAGUAGAGAGGCAGGCUGAAGGGCUCAUUAAAGAUCUGGAGCAGGAAAUCACUGAGCUAAAGAGGAGAAGCACUGAUCUGAAGCAGCUCUCACACACUGAGGACCACCUCCAACUUCUCCAGAACUUCCCAUCACUAGUGUACAAACCUCCACCCACCAAGAACAUGUCUGAGAUCAGUGUUCACAGUGAUCUGUGUGUGGGGACUGUGAGGAGAGCAGUGUCUCAGCUGGAAGAGACACUGAAUAAAGAGAUGGAGAAGCUGCCUGAGGUCAAACUGAAGAGGAUUCAGCAGUAUGCAGUGGAUGUGACUCUGGACCCUGAUACAGCACAUCACAAACUCAUCCUGUCUGAAGAUGGGAAACAAGUAAGACGUGGAAACAUACCACAGAAUCUUCCUGACAAUCCAAAAAGGUUUGAUCGUUUUGCCAUGACCCUUGCAAAGGAUGGCUUCUCCUCAGGGAGAUUUUACUAUGAGGUGACGGUUAACGGUAAGACUAGGUGGAUUUUAGGAGUGGCCAGAGAGUCCAUAAACAGGAAGGGGUCUAUAUCACCUAGGCCUGAAUAUGGACUCUGGUCUGUGGUCUUAAAGGAUGGGAAUCAAUACACAGCCUGUGCCUCCCCCCACGUCAUCCUCUCUCUGAGAGAGAAGCCCCAGAAGGUGGGGGUGUUUGUGGACUAUGAGGAGGGUCUGGUCUCCUUUUAUGAUGUGGAGGCCAGGUCUCAUAUCUACUCUUUCACUGGCUGCACCUUUAAAGAUAAACUCUGUCCCUUCUUCAUCCCCAGUCAUAAUGAUGAUGGAAAAAACUCAGCUCCUCUCAUCAUCUCUCCUGUCAAUCACACAGGCUGAUAAAAAAAUGGAGAGAGAGUCAUUUUUCGGUUAUUGCCAUAAAUUGUCAUUUGUGUUGAAAAAUGUUUUGAGCUUGUAAUGUACCAUAAUGCAUCUUUGAACAUUUAUAUAAAGGUAUACUUAAUGAAUACAACACAGCUUUGGUGUCACCCUGUCUCAAAAACAGAUGGUUUUCACCGCUUGGAACUAUUGGAAAUGAAGCUUUUUGUCCUGACUGUGCAUGUAUUGAAUGUGAGAAAGUACUUGCCUUUGAGCUGGUCUUUGGUUUGUGACAGUGAAUGUAAUAGAGGACGUACUUUUCCUUUGAGCUGGUUGUGGAUGUAGGUGAGGAUAAGGCCAGGGAUCUCCACCAGGGGGAUGAUGAAGGAGCCUUUGGCCACGUUGCCCAGGUUUUAGUGGGACAGUUGCAUCAUAGAGGAUGGGGUCAGGGCCAGCUGAGAUGUAUUCCUGAUGUCCACCACAGGGUACAAGUAAAGAGGAGUUUGAAAUAGUAUAAGUGGUACACUACACACCUGGGUUCAAAUAGUAUUUGUUUUCUUUCACAUACUUUUGCCGUUUGAUUGAGCCGGUAUGGAGUGCCAGAUGGGCAGGGUCUGUACUUUAGGGACUAUUCCAUUGGUUCAACCACAUCAGGCGAGAUCAAUGAAGUCCACUGCAUAAAAAUGUUAUACAACAUAUUCUGGGUUGAACUCUGCUUUCAUUUAUGAAUAAAUAUACACUUCUAGGCAAUUCCUUUUUCUACAGAGUAUUACAAACUCAAGCCAUCAUUUUGGGAUUGUCAGUUCAUGAUCAUCCAUUGCCUUUGACAUAAGACAAACUAAGCACUUGCUGGACCUGCAUUUAAUAUGUUCAACUGCUAUAAACAUUUCAUCAUCAGAGUAAAUGCCUCUCUCAUAUUUGAUCCAGUGUAGUAAUGAGUAAAAUGAUCCUGUUAACAGGUGAGGGAGAACACAAAUCACUAACUUUCAAAACAUGUCCAUGUAAGAACUUUUCUGUUAUGCUAGUCAGUUGUAUUUCUCAAAAUUGUAUUAGAUGUACAAAUGCAAGUCAAGAAGUGACCAUGAUCAUCAUUACCACAACCCCAAAAGUCAUUUGAGCUCCAAAACACUUGUAGUGUAUCGUAGUGGUGGUUACAAAAUAACAGUGGUGACAUGGAAUGCAUUUGAAUAUUCUCUCACAAUACUUUGACCCAGAAGAGGCUUAUCUAAAAAACAUUGCACCAAACUACACUAACAAUAUUCUUGACGUAUGUACUUUAUGUCUCAUAAAAUAUUUGUUACAAAAAGGCAUUGUGCUUAAAAAAAACUGUGUGCCAUAAAUUAAUAAACAGGUUAUCAAAAAAUAUUGUAGUCUCUGGGACUGGAGUGAUAUCAUGUUAAACCUAUUGCACAUGGAUUCAAGAAAACUUCUGCAAUGCCUUUGGUUUCUGUCUUCAGGUUUGGUUUUUCAAGUAAAAGUCCCUCCAUGAGUCUACAACAAUAAACAAAUGGAGUGUUAAUCUUUA